GACCCUGCAUUUGGAGGGAGGAGGCAGAUGCGAAUCUGCAGAGGCAGUUUGAGGAGCUCUUUCGUGUGUUGGAUGACCCGUGCCCUCGAGUGCGCUCGAGCGCGGUGCUAGGAGUGUGCCGCCUAACCUCGCGCUACUGGGAGAUGAUCCCCGGACGCCCGCUCUCCGAGCUACUCACAAAGCUUGUCUCCAGCCUCGCAUUCGAUGCCUCCUCGGCUGAUGUGCGCUGUGCCGUCUACAAGUCCCUGCCAAUUGUUCUCGACAACAAAUUGAGUCACCCGUUAAUGGAGAAGCUCCUUCCAGAAGCCAGGAAUGGGCUACACGAUGUAACUGAGAGGGUGCGUGUGGCUUUUGUCGACAUGCUGCUUAAGGUCAAGGCUGUGCGAGCGGCUAAGUACUGGAAGAUCUGUCCGAUGGAGCACCUGUUGGCGCGUCUGGCGAUGGACAGCCCCGUAGUGACGCGCCGGCUGGUGCAGCUUCUGGCCAGCUCCUUCCUGCCGGUUGAGCAGCCCGAGGAGACGUGGCGUGAGCGCUGCAUCACCCUUGUGCAGAUGAACCCCACUGCCACCCGCUGUUUCUAUCAACACUUACACAAGUUCGUGUCGCCGACGAAUAUCGCCAAACUGAUUUUGCAGCUGUAUCACUGCCUGAACACGUGUCUGCCAAAACACAAACGCCAGAAUGAAGAGAAAGAAGCCGAGGGAGAUGAGAAAGAAAAUGAGAGUCAGGAAGAUGAUGAUGAUGAGGACGUACCUCUCGCCAAGGACCUGACGACAGUGGGCAGCUUGCUAGAGGUGGUGGUCAUCCUGUGGAGCAGCAUUCGCGAAGUGUUACUGGGAAACCCGCGCGUGUAUCAGCAGCUCGUGAUUAAGUUUUCCGACGUGGUGCCCGGUUACUUCAGAACGUUCAAGAACGAGCGCUGUUACCAGGCACUGGUCAUUCUUGCUUCCUACAUGCCUCCCAACACCAUCCCUACUUUCAGUGGCAGCGUGUUGUCACGGCUACGUGCCUUUGAACUGGGUGUGGAUGACAUAGAUUUCACACCGUUGCUGGACUGCAUGUGCUGCUGGGGCCAGGCGGGUCACAUUUUGGAGCUCAUUACAGAAUGGCUGUCUGCCAAUCUGGGCCAAAAAUCUCCACAGACAAGAGUCAACCGAGUGCGGAUAAGUGUACCCAUGUUGCCAAAGCCCGACCUGGCACUGCAGUACACAGAGUACAUGCUCCGCUCACCUGUGUGCUGCGCUUCUGUGCUGGAUUCUGGUCACAAGCUGAAUGCUCUCACUGAGCUACUGGCCACCUCAAAGGACACUCUGCGAGCCUUCCUUAAAAACCCGAAGACGAUCGGCGUGGACACUGCGAGUGCGACGGCCUUACGUGUAUUCCGGCUGCACUGUCUACUACAGAUCCUCAUUCACCAUAAGCACAAUGGAGAAGGCCGCGCGAUUCAGGCCUCCUUUGAGAGCACAAGCAGCUGGGUGGUGCAGUACGUGCUGUGCGCACUCCAGGCUCCACACGACACUGCUAGCAACAAGGCUGAGGCUCAAGCGAGCUUCGCGCUCGACAUUGCAACAGUGUAUCUGAAGGCCUGUAAGGACAUAGUGCUUGUGGGGCUUGCAGACCCUGACUUUAUUGGACAUUGCCUGGAAUUCACCAUCAGUGUGGUGGAAACAGAUAAAGGAGUGCAGUGCCUGCCACUGGGUUUGCAACUUCUGCAGAGCGUGCUGAGGCACUGCCUGUGCCAGGACCACGAGGACGCGACCGAGGUGCCCGGAGCGAGCGCCGUCGGCAAGAACGCAAAGGCCAGAGUGACACGUGCCCGGAGCAGGGCAGAACCUGUCGUUGAUGCUGCCGCACGUAGCGCCAUCGCCGCCUCGCAGGAGAAGCUCAGAGAACUCGUGCAGGUUGCUCCGACCGUGUUCCAAAAGCUCCUGCAAAUGAUGGGCCGCUGUACCCGCAAGCAGGCGGAUGUCGCGCAACAGGUGCUGCUGGAGCUUGGUCCUGCACUUGCAGGAUUAUUGGCCACCGUAUGUCAGUGGAGAGCCUUCCAAGAGAGCCUCUUCCAUGAUAUUGUCUCAAUCACAAUGUUCGCUGUGGUUGCUGAAACUAAGAACAUCAUACAAAAGAACAUGGCGGAGAGCACCCCCGUGCUCCUGGAGACGUUGUCCAACAUGCCCCCACUUUCUGCCUGCAUCCUGGCGACUGUGCUUCGUAACGAUAAAAUUACCAGGGCCGGCAUUACACAGUGACAUCCGCAAUGUCACUACACAUAAUGUGCAAUUAACUUUAAGCACAUAGUCUAUU